CGCCCCGCCUCCCCGAACGCCCUGUCUCGGGAUUAGCUUGCCCUCCCCCGGCAGGAUUGCGCCCAGUCCGGUGGGCCUUGUCCCGGGCGCCCACCCUGGCGGGGGCCGGUCUAAUACAACUUGUGAGUCGCGUCCGCGCCUCGUCGGCGCGAAACCGGGCCCUCGAAUGCAGGGCGCGAUGGCUGCCCCGGCUCUGGCCCCAGUCACCCGGCAGGUCAGCAGCCGCGCCGCCCCGGCCCUGGUCCCGAGCAGCCCCGAGAGUGUGCAACCACUGCCUGCCGCCGUGGCCGAGCUUCCCGUACUGGACGCGUCUGGAAGGCCGGUGCCGUUCGGCACUCUGUUCCGGGACCGCAGGGCCGUUGUGAUCUUCGUGCGGCAUUUCCUGUGUUAUGUCUGCAAGGAAUACGUAGAAGAUCUAGCCAAAAUCCCCAAGAGUUUCUUACAAGAGGCAAAUGUCGCCCUUAUAGUGAUUGGACAGUCAUCCUACCAUCAUAUUGAGCCUUUCUGCAAACUGACUGGGUAUUCUCAUGAAAUCUAUGUUGAUCCCGAGAGAGAAAUUUAUAAAAGAUUGGGAAUGAAAAGAGGUGAAGAAAUUGCCUCCUCAGGACAGAGUCCCCAUAUAAAGUCAAAUAUACUCUCAGGAAGCAUUUGGAGCCUGUGGAGGGCAGUGACUGGCCCUCUUUUUGAUUUUCAAGGAGAUCCAGUUCAGCAAGGCGGAACCCUCAUUUUAGGUCCAGGUGACAACAUCCACUUUAUACACCGUGAUAGGAAUCGGUUGGAUCACAAACCCAUCAAUUCCGUUUUACAGCUUGUAGGAGUUCAGCAUGUGGACUUCACAAGCCGAUCUGCAGUUAUCCAUGUGUGACAACACAGACUCUGUCACUUGCAGAUGGACCCCUGAUAUAUGGCCUGAAAUAUUGGCGUGUGGUACCCCUGUGCACUGUACAACUUGUUGGCUCUCCCCAGUUUUUGAGGAGUUGUGAAAACAUAGAGACAUGUACCAGUUCAACUGCAUGCUGAGAGAGGCAUCAGUUGUCAGAAAUGGGAUGUAAAUUUAUAAUGUUAUAGCUCUUAAAGUUUUAUACAAAGUAAAGUUUUAUUUACACAAUAAAACUUUAAAAGCUAAAAAAAUUAUAAAUACCAUUUUACAUUUUAUAUUGUGGUAUACACAUCCAAUCAAAGGGUUUUUUUGGCCAUUAAAAUGAUAAAUUCUUACGAAGAACAUAUUAGGGGACAAGUAAGCAACUCAAGACCAUUUUAUCCAGUGGAAAAGAGUAAAAAAAGGAUAUUCUAUAAAGAACAUAAUCACAUUUUUAUAUGUAUAUGUUUAUAUUUUUGUAUGCUUAUUAAAAAAAGACAAAAAAUAAACACCAGAAUAUUGCCUGUAGGUAUGUCUAUGUGGUAGGAGUACAGGUAUUUUUAUUUUUCAUACUUUCUAUAUUUCCCAACUAUGCUACAAUGAGCAUAAUUCAUUUUUUGGCCAGGAAAAUGUCUUUAAAAAUUAUAUGAAGAAUAUAUUCUUACAUAACAAGCUCCGCAAAGGCUGCAGUUCACAUAUUUCUAUCUUAAUUGCUUUACUCAGAGGAAAUAAAGCAAAGCAAACCUUUUGUAUAGUCCGUGUUCAAAGCACCUUGUCACUACACAUUCGCUAUCCAUUUCACCAGGAUUUGUUUUUGGUAGUGGGGUGGUGCUAAAAGGAGAAAAAUAUGUUUUAGGUAUUUAAGGUAUGUAUUUAAAAUAUGCUUAGUAUGCUUUUUGAAAGGAAAUUUUAAGAACUGUUUAAAAAAACACUUUGUAACUUAAACAUACUGUGGUUUGGUUGUACAUUCCUAGACAGCUUCCAUUUCUCAUCCUGAAAUUGCUUUUAUUUAAUUGUCAUCUUUUAUUUUUCUUAGAGUCUUAAUAUGAAGUGGGCCAGAAAUUCUGGUGAAAAGUACAGCAAAAUCAAAAUAUUGGUAUAUACCAAGUAUAAUACUGUUGAACUUACAACACACUUACAUUAAAUCAAGCCUUUAAAAUCACACAAAAUAUAUAUAUUUAAAGUAUCCCAAUAUUUGAAUGCAUUUUCAUGUACAUAUAUAUGGAUAAUCAUGUUUUUAAUCAAUAAAAAUUUCUUAUGAAGUUUAAAA